AUGGCGACCCCCGACUUCCACGCCCGUCUCCGCGCCGCCCUCUCUCCCGAGGGGGACGACGCUCCCACACUGCCGCCCGCAACGGCCCUCGCCAACGCUUCGGCCUCCCUCCCACGGCCCGGCGAGGAGGGGUAUCUCUUCCCGCUGGGGACCGAGGCCACGCUCUCUCACAUCGUCGACGAGGUAGUCCCGGGCCUCAACGGCCAGGCGCGGAGCGGGCGGUACUACGGCUUUGUCACCGGCGGGUCGCUGCCCGUGGCCGAGGCGGCGGACAACAUCGUCUCGGCGCUGGACCAGAACGUGCAGGUGCAUCUGCCCUCGCAGACAGUGGCGACGGAGCUGGAAAGUGUCGCGUUGCGGAUGCUUGCCGACGUGCUGGGCCUUGAGGACGGCAAGGACGGGGAGAGUGAGGUUUGGAAGGGGAGAACCUUCACGACGGGGGCCACGGCAAGCAACAUUCUCGGUCUCGCUUGCGGGAGGGAGGCGGUCGUUGAGAAACGAGGGGGCAAGGUUGGCGAGGAGGGCCUCUUGGGCGCAUGCUUGGCGGCGGGGGUGAAGGAGAUCCAGGUGUUGACGAGUAUGGGCCACAGUUCGCUUUCCAAGGCAGCGAGCGUGGUCGGGCUGGGCAGGGCCGGCGUCAAGGAGCUAUCUGCGAAAGCCGAUGAACCGUGGAGGCUGGACCUGGACGCUGUGGAGAAGCACCUGGGCAGGCAGGGCGUGGCGAGCAUCAUUGCCGUGAGUGCCGGCGAAGUUAACACCGGUCGGUUCGCAACGGGCGGCUUCGACGAGAUGAGGAGGUUGAGGGAGUUGGCGGACAGGUUUGGGGCGUGGAUCCAUGUUGACGGAGCCUUUGGUAUCUUUGCGAGGGCUCUGGAGCCAACACCCGAGUUUGAGAGGAUCAGAGACAUGGCGUCGGGAUUGGAGCUUGCGGACAGCAUCACUGUCGACGGACACAAGCUCCUGAAUGUGCCCUACGACUGCGGCAUGUUCUUCACGCGCUCCCUCUCGACCCUGACGUCCGUCUUCAUAAACCCCAACGCGGCCUACCUCUCCUCGGGCCCCUCGCUAAUCCCGUCCCCCCUCAACAUCGGCCUCGAGAACUCGCGCCGCUUCCGGGCCCUCCCCGCCUACGCGGUGAUGCGAUCUGAAGGGCGCGCCGGCCUCGCCGCGAUCCUGGGGAGGAUGGUCCGCCUUGCGCGCCGGCUGGCGCAGUGGAUCCGCGAGUCGGAGGCGUACGAGCUGCUCCCCGAGGGGGCCUGGGGCCUGGAGGAGACGCACAUGGUCGUCCUCUUUCGGGCACGGGAUGCGGAGGCGAACGAGGAGCUGGUCGGGCGGAUCAACGCGACAAGGGAGAUGUACGUCAGCGGGACGAGCUGGAAGGGAAGGAAGGCCGUAAGGGUUGCGGUAGGGAGUUGGAAAGUCGAUGUCGAGAGGGACUUUUCCGUCGUGACGCGGAUCUUGGGGGAUGUUGCCAAGGCUUAA